CUCUGUAACUCAGGCUCCAGAAUCGACAACUUGACAGACAUGCGAACAAUUGUAGUCGCCUAUAUAGUGUCUGGAGUAAUUUUUCUCUUCAUUUUCUCGUUCUUCUGCAUUCUCUUCAAAUCAAAAUUGAAGAGAAAAAAUCAUGCCAGGGAAGAUCUACGCCGAAAAUCACACAGACGACGUAAAAGGCAGAAAAGUAGCCACCGAGGAACGGGCGUUCAUCACCGAUAUCCACAUCAAUCAGGUAGUCGACUUGCCGGCGAGACGAAUACAACAAGGACACCACGGCUGAGGCAACCUUUUAGGCAAUCGAAACCUAAACAAACAAUCCUGGACAAGCACAGACUCUCUGGUGCUGUUACAAUGAUAACAAGACUUUCUGAGGAUGAGAGGUGUUUAAGCAAUUACCGAUAA